CCCCCCCCCCCCCCCCCCCCAAAAAUCCGCAUCCCCCACCCAAUCCCCUCCCCCCAACAACUCGGCUUCGGCGGCGGCGGCGCCAUGGGAGGAGGCGGCGCGGGUGGGGACGGCGAGGCGUGGGCGGAUCAGGAGCAGGGGAACGGCGGGGGCCGCGGCGGCGGCGGCGGGGAGGCGAAGCGGUCGGAGAUCUACACGUACGAGGCCGGGUGGCACAUCUACGGCAUGAACUGGAGCGUGCGGCGCGACAAGAAGUACCGGCUCGCCAUCGCCAGCCUGCUCGAGCAGCACAACAACCACGUCCAGGUGGUCCAGCUCGACGAGUCCUCCGGCGACAUCGCCCCCGUCCUCACCUUCGACCACCCCUACCCUCCCACCAAGACCAUGUUCGUCCCGGACCCGCACUCCGUCCGCCCCGACCUCCUCGCCACCUCCGCCGACCACCUCCGCAUCUGGCGCAUCCCCUCCCCGGACGAGGCCGCCGCCGCCGCCGCCGCCAGCUCCAACUCCGGCUCCGUCCGCUGCAACGGCACCGCCUCGCCCGACGUCGAGCUGCGCUGCGAGCUCAACGGCAACCGCAACAGCGACUACUGCGGCCCGCUCACCUCCUUCGACUGGAACGACGCCGACCCCCGCCGCAUCGGGACCUCCUCCAUCGACACCACCUGCACCAUCUGGGACGUCGAGCGGGAGGCCGUCGACACCCAGCUCAUUGCCCAUGACAAGGAGGUCUACGACAUCGCCUGGGGCGGUGCCGGCGUCUUUGCAUCCGUCUCCGCCGACGGCUCCGUUCGCGUGUUUGAUCUCCGGGACAAGGAGCAUUCCACAAUUAUCUACGAGUCCGGUUCUGGCGGCAGCUCCAAUUCGGCAGGUGCAGAUGGCGGCGCUGCCUCGCCAACACCGCUGGUUAGGUUAGGGUGGAACAAGCAGGACCCUAGGUACAUGGCAACCAUCAUCAUGGAUAGCCCCAAGGUGGUCGUGCUUGAUAUCCGCUACCCAACACUACCGGUGGUCGAGCUCCACCGCCACCAUUCGCCCGUCAACGCCAUAGCAUGGGCGCCACACUCCUCUUGUCACAUUUGCACAGCUGGGGAUGACUCGCAGGCCCUUAUAUGGGACCUGUCAUCCAUGGGCACUGGGAGCAACAAUGGUGGCAAUGGAAAUGGCAAUGCUGCAGCUGCUGCGGCAGCUGAGGGCGGUCUUGAUCCCAUAUUGGCGUACACUGCUGGGGCAGAGAUUGAGCAGCUCCAAUGGUCAGCGACCCAGCCUGACUGGGUCGCUAUUGCAUUCUCCACUAAACUGCAGAUCCUCAGGGUCUGAUUUCUUUGUUCCAACCCUGUUAGUAAGGGGACAUCGACAAGAACAAAGAAGGCCAGCAUGGAUAAUGAGAUUACCACGUUGCGUGAUGGAGAUUCAAUAAUAUGAUUCUAUGCAAGGGUUGGCUACAAGUCUACUGGAUUCUGUCGUAGAAAGGUGCUGUACGUGUUCAUUCAUUUUACAGAUUCUGCAUCCUUCCUCCACUCCCUUUUACCCCAGUGUCCCUUUCAUUCUCAAACUCGAAGCUAACUACUUGUGCAGCAGCCAGAAGAUGUGAAUGGCUUUUAUUUCCAGUGACUUUUCAUACCACCAUGGCACCAUGUUCUAUGUUCUAAUUGCAUAAUUGGAUGGCCUGUGGGCUGUGGCUGUUGUUUCAAUGUGAUUAUUUGGGUGGACACUGGACAACCUACUCCCUCCGUCCAAAAAAAGACAAACCCUAGUUUCCGUGUCCAACGUUUGACCGUCUGUCUUAUUUAAAAAAAAUUAUGAAAAAAAUUAAAAGGAUAAGCCACGCAUAAAGUAUUAAUCAUGCUUUAUCAUUUAACAACAAUAAAAAUACUAAUUAUAAAAAAUUUUCAUAUAAGACGGACAAUCAAACAUUGGCACGGAAACCUACUGUUUGCCUUUUUUUGGGACGGAGGGAGUAGACCUUAGGGCUUAUUCGUUUCAAAGGAAUUGUAAAGUUUCGAAGGAAUUGUAAAGGAAAAGUACAAGAAUAUGCAAUGCUUUGGAAUGGGCACUAU